AUGGCGACCCAAGAAGCAGCUAGAAUUAAUGAUCCUUCCAGACUAAUGGCGGCCAGGAAAGCCACUGCACCUGCCAACACGUUCAAAUCGCGUGUCUUAACUCAGGGUUCUCAUCGUCUCAAGGCUGCUGAGCCUUCCACUUUUCUAUCGGGUGCGGCUGUUUCUUCAAAUUUGUAUCCUCUGAUGACAGGAGACCAGAAACAGCUAAUGCAAGCAUACGCAGUGGCGCCAGGUGGAUCUCCUGCGCCAUGUGAUCAGAAGCAGAUCAAUGGAUCUCUUCAUGACUUGAAGUCAGCGAAAAAAUGCAAGGAAGGCUCGGGGAAUGAGAUUGUUGGAGAUAGUAGACUGAGAAAUACCGGUGAUGUUACUUCACCAAGCGGUUCAACUGGGAUUAAGGACUCAGUUGCUGAAACUGCUCGUGCGAACCAAGACUCUUCUGCUAAGUUCUAUAAAAGAAAGUACUUUUCCGCUAAGCCGCAAAGACUAGACUCAACUCCUUUACACGCUGCUGUUGCACAAAGUGGUGAGACUUUAAAUGAUCAUGGCGUAAAUACAGAUAUGCUAUUACGGGACUCUGAGACUAACACGGUUGAAACUAAGAACCUGGGAUCGACCCUCAGUCGACAUGGCACUAAAUCCAUAAUUACAAAGGAAAAACUUGAGGAGAAAAAAGAAAAGAAAAAGAAGUCUAAAAGGGAAUCAGCUGCAAGAGCAAAGUUGCGCAAACAGCACUUGAACAAGUAUAGGGACAUGAUUGCUUAUAUUUCCUGGUUUCGCUCUGGUACUUCUCUUACAGUAGGAUAA